AUGAGGAGCCGCCCGUGGGCAAAUACUCGGGUUGGUAGCUAUACUGACCGGCACCCCGAUGCCAACCCGGACGAACAACGGCCGAGCAACCUGAGGCGAUUGACUGGGUUCGCUGGAGCGUCUGGAAACGACGAAAGUUUAACGGCGAGCUGGAGACGCCAUCGAACCGAGCGAGGCACCAGUGCCAGUGCUCAGCGAUGGAAGCAAAUCAAAGCUGGUCUGAAACUCAUUGGCCAGCGACGAAAGCCAGAAAAUACAGUGGACAAUAAAAAAUCCGCAGAGUUGCUUGCUGAACUCGCUUCGGCUGUGCCUGCUGCGCUUAUACUGGCUAGCGCGUUCCAACGAGAUGAGCACGGCAGCAGAAGAAUCCCGAUUCUUUUGGAGCAAUUGAAGGUUCGUGUUACGGACAGUCGGAUUGAUUCCCACUCCGGUGAUCGCCAUCUGGUUUUCCGAAUCGAAAUGGAGUACGGAAGUGGCAUGACUCGCAUGAAAUGGAUCAUUUUCCGCACGCUGAGGGACUUUGCCAAUCUGCAUCUCAAGUAUAAGCUUCACCUUGGAACCCAGAAGUACAUUCAGCUACGCACGAGUGAGAACAGCCCAAGUCUACCUCGAUUUCCUCGAAGUGCCUUCCCCUACAUGCGAGGUGUGCGAGGUCUCGAAAGUGAAUUCGAGGACGAAGAUGAAGAAGGCGGUUAUGAGACUGGCGCGGAGGGGAUGAGUGGAACAGAGAGGCCUCCAAUGAAGAAAAAGCAGAGUCAUCAACCACACCAGCGUCGGCCCUCUGCCCCGCUUGUUCGCAGAAAGUCCAGCAUCACCAACCAAGAGGGAGACUCAGCCGCAGGACCUUCGUCCACCCAUGAAGGUGCGUCUGGAAGAAAAGAAACAUACCCUGAGAAGCAGCGAAAGAAGCUUGAGCUCUAUCUGCAAAAGAUGAUUCGAUUCUUGAUCUUUAGGGCUGACAGCAAUCGCCUGUGCAAAUUCUUGGAAUUGUCCGCUCUAGGCGUUCGCCUGGCUGCAGAAGGCAGUUACCAUGGCAAAGAAGGAUUCUUGAUUAUCCAGUCCUCCAAGGGUCUUGAUUUCCGAAAGGCGCUCACCCCAGCUAUGGUCAAGAAGCGCCAUUCGCCCAAGUGGUUUUUGGUCAGGCACAGUUAUGUGACACCAAAGCUCAGUCUUCGCAAACAAAAUCCAAAAGAUCUUGCCAAAUCUGCAAAGCAGUCUGCGAGACACCCUCAGCAUCAUACCCUCCGACUUGAGAACUCCGAACGCAAGCUCAAAUUACUGGCCCGGAAUGAGCGUCAACUCCAACAGUUUGAAGACUCGAUCCGCUUUAUGGUAACCAAUACUCCGUGGAUGCGCCCCAAUCGGUUCGACAGUUUCGCGCCUGUGCGACAAAACUGCUUUGCGCAGUGGCUGGUUGAUGCACGAGAUCAUAUGUGGGUUGUCUCACGAGCAAUUAACCAAGCAAAGGAUGUCAUUUAUAUCCAUGACUGGUGGUUGAGUCCAGAGCUUUACAUGCGCCGGCCUGCUGCGAUCAGCCAGAAAUGGCGAUUGGACCGUCUCCUGCAACAGAAGGCUCGAGAGGGCGUUAAAGUCUUCGUGAUCAUGUAUCGCAACAUUAACUCCGCUAUUCCCAUUGACUCGGAGUAUUCCAAGUUUUCUCUCCUUGAUCUUCACCCCAAUAUCUUUGUUCAACGAUCACCAAAUCAGUUCCGGCAAAAUACUUUCUUCUGGGCCCACCACGAGAAGCUCUGCCUCAUCGACCACACUAUCGCAUUUGUGGGAGGUAUCGAUCUGUGCUUUGGGCGUUGGGAUACUCCUCAGCAUCAAUUGACCGAUGAUAAGCCUACUGGCUUUGAAACUACGGAUGGUCCCAAAGAUGCGGAUCAUUGUCAACUCUGGCCGGGCAAGGAUUACUCCAAUCCGAGAAUCCAAGAUUUCUAUGACCUAGAUAAGCCGUAUGAGGAGAUGUAUGAUCGCAAUGUUGUGCCCCGGAUGCCGUGGCAUGACAUUUCUAUGCAUGUCGUGGGCCAGCCUGCUCGGGAUCUUACUCGUCACUUCGUGCAACGCUGGAACUACAUUCUUCGCCAGCGAAAGCCUACGCGCCCGACGCCUUUCCUCUUGCCGCCACCCGAUUUCAAUCCUGCUGAUUUGGAAGCUUUGGGUCUCGAUGGAACUUGUGAGGUACAAAUUCUCCGUUCUAGCAGCAUGUGGUCUACAGGAACACCCGACGUCGUCGAGCACAGCAUCAUGAAUGCCUAUGUGAAGUUAAUUGAGGAAUCCGAACAUUUUGUCUACAUCGAGAAUCAGUUCUUCAUCAGCACCUGCGAGAUUGAGGGCCGGAAGAUCGAGAAUCUCAUCGGAGAUGCGCUAGUUGAACGUAUUGUCCGAGCCGACAAAAAUGAGGAAGCAUGGCGUGCCGUCAUUGUCAUUCCAUUGAUGCCAGGUUUCCAAAACACCGUGGACAGUGAAGGUGGAACAAGUGUGCGCCUUAUCAUGCAGUGUCAAUACCGCAGUAUCUGCCGUGGAGAGACCUCCAUUUUCGGCCGUCUUCGUGCUCUUGGGAUUGAGCCAGAGGACUAUAUCCAGUUCUACAGUCUUCGAACCUGGGGCAAGAUUGGACCUCAAAAGGCACUGGUGACUGAGCAACUUUAUAUUCACGCUAAAUGCAUGGUCGUUGACGACCGCGCUGCUAUCAUCGGAUCAGCAAACAUCAACGAACGAUCCAUGUUGGGUUCGCGUGAUUCAGAGGUUGCAUCUGUUGUGCGAGACACUGAUAUGAUCAUGUCGAGCAUGAAUGGCAAACCAUAUCUCGUCGGUCGAUUCCCACAUACCUUGCGCAUGCGUCUGAUGAGAGAACAUCUCGGAAUUGAUGUUGACGAACUCAUGGAACAUGACUUUGCUACUGAAGAAGAGCUGCGCAAAAUCCAGGUCGCCGAGGGGAGUGAUCGUCCAGCUGAAAACCGAGAGCGAAGAGAUUCGGGGGCCUCAGCCACCGAACGUCAAGAUGAGAGGGAGAUGGUCGAACGUCGGCAUCGUGUCCAAGAUGAGUUCCUUUCUCGCUCCGAGGACAUGUACAGCUUCAACCAUGAUGUCGAUUGGGAGCAGGGUAGUAACCCUAACCUCAAAUCGAACCGUAAGCUCACUACCGACCCUCGCGUCACUGAAAAUCCUGAUCACAGGAAAGACGUGGAAGGUGAUGGGCCCGAUCAUUUGAAAGCCGCUGCUCGGGCUGGAUUAGUAGUGGGUCGUGAUUCGGAUAUGGAGGCCAAUGGAAGAGAAGCGCUGCUUUCACCCAUCGCUUCUGAGGGGAAGGGUACUGUUGAGCGACCGAGAUCGUCGCAGCAAAAGCCAACUCGAACACCCUCGACCAGCAAGGACCGCAGACCUGGGUCAUCGAGCGAGACUGAUGGCGACCCCGACAUCAAUGCGACUACCACAUCACAAGGCCAUGGGGUUAAUGGGUCGUUGAGCCGCGAGUCCGAGGCUGGCGGUACCGGUUUGAACAUCCCGAAAGAAGAAAAUGGAACCGCUCAACAGAACCACCCGUCUGUUCCAGACCUUAAGCGUGUCUUCAUCGACAACGACUGCAUGAGGGACCCGAUCAUCGAUGGCUUCUACCUGGACACAUGGCAAGCCGUCGCCGAGAAAAACACCAAAAUUUACCGAUCUGUGUUCCGUUGCAUGCCCGACAGUGAGGUCAAGAACUGGAAGGAAUACAAGGAGUACGCCACAUAUGGUGAGCGCUUUGCAGAGAUGCAGAGCCAGCCGGGCAACAAGCCAUCCCAACCUCAACAAAAACAAAGUGGACCUCCCCCAUCCGGUGCUACCGUCAGCUCUCCUAUGUCGAUCGCUUCUCAGAUGUCUUUCAUCACCCCAAGGGCCGAAGGAUCGCAGGCAGACCCGAAGAGCCCCCAGACGAUUGACGAGAAGGUCGGAACUUGGAACGAAGUUGGUCGUUCUCAGUCUGAGCAGCUAGCGAAGCAGGAGACGUUAUCAUCUAUCGAUGAGAAGGCCGCACUCAAGACGAUGUCGGAUUCAAACCUGUUAGGCAAAGCCCCGAACGGGACCAAUGAUGGCAAUGGGGUCGUCGCCGGUGAGGAUAUUGAGAAGCCACGAACCGCCUCGGCUCAUGUCGAUUACUCUGAAGCCGUGAACCUGAAUCUCAACUCGACGAGCCAGUCUCGGAGACGUAGACGCAGAGCUACAACGAUUGGCUCGAAGCGUGACCCCAAUGGCACAGAUGAGUAUUUGGACAAGGGCCGUGCGGAGGACCUCCUUAACCAUACUCAAGGCCAUCUCAUUAUGUGGCCUUAUGACUGGCUCGAGAAAGAGGAGCAAGGUGGAAACUGGCUCUAUGCUUUGGAUCAGAUUUCUCCUCUGGAGAUCUACAACUAA